AUGUCUCGAUUUCUCGGCGCGGGUUUUUACUUUCUACCUGAGAGAGAGAGAAGCAAUAUUGAGGACCAGUUCACACCGGUGAACGGUCCUGCCAAAACAGAAAGGGCGUUUGUUCAAAUUAACUUUCCAGACGAUGAGUUUUUUUCUCGUUUAAGACUCUCAACAGAGGGCACAUAUGCGGCUUUAAUCAUAGUAGGAUUAGAAGAGAAAAACAUUUUGACGCGUCAUGCCCGAAAUGAGAUAAUAGAAUUAGACAACACCGUUAGGCGCAUUAAGGCAGGGAAGAAUUUUAGUACUAUUUGUGCGAAAGCAAAUGGGGCGUGUUGGUCGAAUACUGUAGGUGUUGACUUCUCAGUUGAUACUGCCGCAAGAGGCAGUCUUGGAGGUAUCAAAUUUAAACCGGGCACUUUGGAAGUCGAAAGCGCAGAAGCUGUCAGGCUUUUUUAUUACUUACGAGAGAUCAGUAGAACGGAAAAUGAAAUAUGGUUACGUGAAUUCUUAAGGACGUUCGCCAGCUACACAACACUCAGAACGGUUUCUGUGUCAUAUUUUACAUCGAUAUCAAGAGAAGAGGAGUUAAAGAGAAAUUCAAAGACUGUGAUUCCAUUUUUCUCAAUCACUUAUUUCCUGGCCAUCACCAUUUCAGUCAUUUCAUGCAUGAGGUUUGACUGUGUAAGAAAUAAAGUUUGGGUAGCCUCUUUUGGGGUCCUCUCUGCUGGCCUGGCUGUGCUUUCCAGUUUUGGGUUGCUACUUUUCAGCGGUGUUCCCUUUUCAAUGACAGUAGCAACAGCUCCAUUUCUGAUUCUGGGUAUUGGUGUUGAUGACAUGUUCAUCAUGAUCUCCUGCUGGCAGAAGACUCAAGUUCAGGAUAAAGUUGAGAAACGUCUGGCAGACACAUACAAAGAAGCUGGUGUUUCGAUCACCAUCACCACUCUGACUGAUGUCCUGGCUUUUUACAUUGGUCUCAUGACUCCUUUCCGUUCUGUGCAGUCAUUCUGUCUGUACACUGGUACAGCUAUUCUCUUCUGCUACAUCUACAACAUCACAUUCUUUGGUGCCUUCCUGGCAUUAAACGGCAGGCGAGAGGAGAGCAACAGGCAUUGGCUGACCUGUAUGAAGGUUGAUAAACCAAAAGAAAAAUAUUCACAAAACACAGAUGACUCUAAAACCAACAUUUGUUGUGUUGGUGGGGCUUUUGACCGAGACACUGGAACUGAGGAGGACACCCCUAUGAACUACUUCUUCAGAAAUUAUUAUGGGCCUUUUCUGACAAAAAACUGGACCAAGGUGUUUGUAGUUGUGCUCUAUACAGGAUAUUUAGCUGCCAGUAUUUAUGGUUGCUUCCAAAUUCAGGAGGGUAUUGAUCUAACGAACCUGGCUCCUGAUGGUUCAUAUGUCGCUAGCUAUUAUGAUAAUGAAGACAAAUACUUUUCAGACUAUGGCCCUAAUGUCAUGCUGGUUAUCAAAGACCAAACAUUUCAGUACUGGAAUGAAAGUGCUCGAUCAGGUCUUGAUACCUGUCUUCAAGAGUUUCGCAAUCUAUCCAUGGUUUCAGAAAAUAUGUUUGUCUCUUGGCUUAAUUCUUACCUGGUUUAUGGAGAAAAACAUGGAUUGAAUUUGAAUGAUGAAAAUGUUUUCAAAGGGCAUUUAUCAGGAUUUCUAAAUGCAUCAGGUUUCAGCCAAGAUGUUAACUUCACUAAUAGUCAAAUUUAUGCAUCUCGACUGUUCAUUCAGACAGUGAAUAUCAGCACAGCACUUGAUGAAAGGAACAUGUUGAGUGCAUUCAGAGAUACAGCUGAAAACUGUGCAAAAUCACAAAAUCCUAUUGAUAUGUUAGUGUACCAUCCUGCUUUCAUCUACUUUGACCAAUAUGCAGUUAUUGUCAACAAUACGAUACAAAAUCUCAUUGUUGCUACUACUGUGAUGCUCAUCAUCUCUCUGUUGUUGAUUCCACAUCCUCUCUGCUCUCUGUGGGUGGCCUUUGCUAUCGCUUCUGUCAUUGUUGGAGUGUCUGGUUUUAUGGCAUUGUGGGAUGUGAAUUUAGACUCCAUAUCUAUGAUCAAUCUUGUCAUCUGUAUUGGUUUCUCUGUAGACUUCUCUGCACACAUCUCUUAUGCAUUUGUUUCAAGUAAAGAACCCUCAGCUAACAAGAAAGCAAUAGAUGCUCUCUACCACCUUGGCUAUCCAAUAAUACAAGGAGCCAUAUCCACUAUUGCAGGGGUUGUGGUCCUAUCUGCUGCUCGGAGCUACAUCUUCAGAACCUUCUUUAAGAUCAUGUUCUUGGUCAUCCUGUUUGGGGCAGUUCAUGGCAUCAUGUUCAUCCCUGUAUUUCUGACAUUCUUUGGGGUGUGUGGUAAGAAAAUCACUGUCAAGAAUGAGAGCUAUCCAAGAGCUGUGCCCUUGAGGUGUCAGAAAUCUAUGGAAAAUCAGUCAAAGAACAUUUCUGAGCCUGAUUCUUGUUGAUGUUAUGUGAGUGAUUUCUUUUUUUAAUUACCUGGUUAAAAGUUGAUCUGAGAAACUCAGGCAGUCACUGAAGCCGCGAUGCAGUUGGAGAAGCUUUGAACAACCUCAUACAUCUGAUGGUAUUUGACCAUCAUUUGAGCUCCCUGUGGCACUGACCACCAGUAAGCUUAUCAUUUUUUGAAGGAGGGACUUCAGGCCUUCUCAUUGGCUUCAUGUCCAUGGGUAUGCUUGUACGCUGAACAGCUGAAAAGGAGAGCUGGCUUACUUUGCAUAUCUCAAACUCUUUGCUCUUUCACAUUUUCUCAAGAGUUGUACUUCCCUUUGUGCACUUACAGUGGUGCCAGCAAUUGGUGGUUCCAAAAAGGAAGACAAGGUAAUAAAAUUCCUUUAAAAAAGUGUGUGUGUGUGUGUGUGUG